CCCAGCCCGGGGUUUCCGCGGCAACGCAGGUCACGUGUGCGGCUGCUUAUUCUGGUCUGUCUGGGCUGGAAGAUGGAGCUGUCUGCUGUCGGGGAGCGAGUGUUUGCCGCCGAGUCCAUCAUCAAACGCCGGGUCCGAAAGGGUCGAAUCGAGUAUAUGGUUAAGUGGAAAGGAUGGGCAAUCAAAUACAGUACGUGGGAACCUGAAGAAAAUAUUCUGGAUGGUCGUCUGAUUGCGGCUUUCGAGCAAAAAGAGAGGGAACGGGAGCUCUAUGGUCCUAAGAAGAGAGGACCCAAGCCAAAAACCUUCCUUUUAAAGGCUCGUGCCCAGGCGGCAGAAGCAGUCCGUGUAUCAGAGCUGCACUUCCCUGCUUCCUCGAAACACCCCCCCUCUUCCUCCUCCUCUUCCUCUCACUCCCGCCCCCACCCUCCCCACCACGCCCCUCCCCUCCGCCACCCCCACCCGGUCGUCUCCCCCAAGCUCCACUCCGGGGCUGCCGUUCACAAGCUGAAGAAAGACAUCCGUCGCUGUCACCGCAUGUCCCGGCGCCCCCUGCCCAGACAUGACCUCCUGUCCUCAGGCUCCAACUCUGGUUCCUCCCCCUCCGGAACCCCGGGAGGCCCCCAGCUCCUCCGCCCGCCUGUGUCUCCCUUCUCCGAAACGGUGCGGAUCUUGAACCGCAAGGUGAAGCCUCGAGAGCCCAAACGAGGCCGGAUCAUCCUGAACCUCAAGGUCAUUGACAAAGGAACGGGAGCCAGUAAUAAUAAUAAUAAUAAUAAUAAUAAUAAUGGCAGUGGCCAUGGCAACGCCCCCCCCAGUGGCACAAUUCGCAGGAACCCCCCAGGUCGCCCCAGAAUCCCGUCCCGCAAUCGAGUGAUCGGGAAGAACAAGAAGUUUGGUGAGGCUGGGGUGCCCAUGCGAGCUCCAGCCCACAUGAAGUUUGCUGGCUUCUCUCUGUACGGGAAACAGCAAAACCUAAGCGGCCCCCCUCCUUCCUCGUCAGUUGCCCCUCCCUCUUCUGCUCCCUCCACUCUCCUGGGACGUCCCGCCACUUUAGGACGCCCUCCGACUUCGCCUUCCAUGAAGAAGCCUCCGGUGAUUGGCCCCCCUUCCUCUGUGGCGGGGCGCUACCAGCACAGCUCCCCUUCCUCGUCCUCGUCCUCCUCCUCUUCCUCCUCUUCCACCAGCUCGGAGUCCUCUUCAGGCAGCUCUGGCUCCAGCAGCUCUUCAUCCAGCGGCUCUGACUGCCCGCCUUCCCCUCCUUCCCAAAUCCAGCCCCCUCCUUCCUCAACCGCGGUCCCUCCCUCUAAUGCCCGUGCCGAAUCCCCACAGCCCCCUAAACUGAGCCCCCAGACCACUGGCCCCAGAUCGGGCCUGCACCACCGCUCCUCCUCCUCCUCUUCCUCCUCCUCCUCUUCCGAUGAAGACGAUGUUGAGUCCAGGGUCUUGGAUCUGUCCGUCCCUCCCGAAUCCAGCACAGCAACUCCUGCAAACAAGGAGACUCGCAAUGAUGACGACGAAGAUGAUGAUGAUGAUGAAGACUUCGAGGACGUCAAGGGCGGCCGGUCGUCUCCCCCUUCUGUCGCUAGCUUCGAACCUGGCCCGGAUUGGCGCCCAGAGAUGUCCCCUUGCUGCGCCAACGUGGUCGUGACUGACGUGACCACGAACCUCUUCACCGUCACCAUCAAGGAGUUCUGCAAUGCGCAGGAUUUCGCGGGCGCCAAACCGUAAGCCGAAAUGACGCCGGGUACAAACCGCCAGGGUUGGGAGCUGAAGGGGUUCAAUUCUCAAGAAGGAUUCCUCUCGCUUUAGUACCAUCUUUUAUCAGCCCACAGAGGACUAGAAACCAAGGCGUUUCAACACAUUUUCUUAGUAAGUAUCGUAACAGUUUUUAGAUGGUAAUGGUACUAAAGCAGAGUGAGGAAACUCCUAAAGAAUUGAGUUUACGUUUCCAGGUGUUGUGUUUUCCACUGUCCGAUUGAACCCAUCCCCAUUGAAGAUUAUGUCCUGAUUUGAUUUCUUGUUUGCUAGGUGUCAUGUGGACUAUUUUAUUAUUCUAAACUGACGUCCCAAAACCCCCUCUCUUCCACAGACUGUGUUUCUUAAAUUGUAUUCAGACUGUGGUGUUACUAAGGGAAUCAAUAAAUAACCCCACAGUGUUAAACCUGUCUGUACAGUCAUCUAAACUAAGCAGUUAGUGUGGCUACUGUUUUCCUACCCUUGAAUAUGUACAGCUACGGCCAAAGGUGUUGCAUCACCCUAUAGAAUCAACUAAUUUUGCUUCAUAAAGUCGAAUGAAACCUGCUGAAUAAUGUAACGUUAACAUAUUGAAUUACACACCGCUUUGUAGUUUUCCAUAUACUGUAAAGCCACAAAUAUUUGCACCCUUAAAAUCUUUUUUCUCAAAAUGUUGGCGACUUGUUUCAAUAUACGAAGUAUGUAUUGUUAGUGGAAUUUGAUAUUUGUGCCAAAAAUUUAAUAUGCAAAACAGCAUAAUAAAAGGCUUGCACGUAUUUAUGGCUUUACAGUACUUUAAAAAAUAAAUAAAUAAAAAAAAAGGACAAUGUGACAUUAAUGAAAUCUAACAUGAAAUACUACUGUACUACUAUUAUGGCUUCCGGUAGACUUUUUUUUGCGAUAUCAUUUUGUAGUUUAUUUGAUUACAUAAUGUUAAAUAAAAAAUCUAAAUUAUGUUUUUUAUAUAAA